ACGCUACACUGACCCUCAUUGUGUGGGGUUCGAUGUAUACAUGAAAGAGUGUGUUUGUGUCUGCGUGUACGUGUGUGUGUACGUGUGCGUGUGAGUGUAGUAAGGUGGUGGUGUGCGCGGGUGCGAGUGGUGGGCUGGAGCUCGGGCUGCCUGUCUUCCCGCGCGGCUCAGUCUCCGCUCAGUGCCAAACAGUGCCGCCUCAACGGUUCUCUCCGCCUCCCUCGCCGCUCGCGUCCAACUUGCCCUCGAGCACGUCCGUGGCGGCGUCGGGCGCUCGCGUGUCGUCCGCUGUCGGUCGUUGACGUGGUGGCCGACGCGUCCGUUCGUGGUGCAGCAUUUCUGAUCGGCCGAGGAAUGUGGUUUGUCUUUUUGUGCUAGAAAAUUGACCGUGGAUGACUGCGCCGCCGCCCGCGUGAGUGUGAUGCAGUGUGGUGAAGGCGCCGCCGCCCGCUCUGUAGGAAUGGAGGGCGUGCGCGUGCGGGCGCGGCGGGCGUGGUAGCAUGGUGCAGGUGAGCGGCGGGCAGCAGCGGGAGCCGAGCCGGGAGCUGCCUCGCCAUGCCGGGCCGCGCGCCUGUCGCCCUCGCGCCGGAGACAAUGCUUGCCCACUGACGGGCGCCGCGAGGACCUGCGCUGCUCUGCCUCGUUGUCGCCGGCCCCAGGCCUUGCUGUAACCUCGGCGCCUGCAAGAUGAUGAAAUACAGUAGCGAAAACCGCCUGCGGCGCCGCAACUCAUGCACGGCGCUGAGGCCGCGGCCGCUGCGGAGCGAGGGGGACCUGACGGCGUCGUUCCGGCAGCCCCGCGUCCGCCGCCUCAGCUUCAGGGAGCACGCCCGCACGGACGGCGCCCCGGAGGUGUUGCCGCCGCGGGCCAACUCGGUGCCCGGAACGGCGUCGGCAGCCGCGGCGGGGGUGGUGGCGGGGGUGGGCCCCUUGGUGACCCCCCCUUCCACCCCCACGUCGUGCCUGGGCUCGGACCCCUCCCUCAGGGUGAGCACCAUCCUCAAGCGAUGGAACUCGCACCGGGAGCGCCGCCUCAGUGACUCCAGGGCCCAGGACGCCGCCCACGACACCCCGCCCGUCUCCAGGAAGCUCGCUUCAUGGUACGCCACUCGCCAGUUACACAACUUCCCUUCCUAAGCCCCUGUAACCCCCUCGC